AUGUGUGCAGAAGACGUUGAGAAGCUUGUGAAUAACCGACUUCGAGACUUAAAGAUUGGCAAAAAUUUAGAAGAUACACUACGCGUUGAGGUAGACCGAGCAAACUCCUCACCUUUCACCUCCAAAAUCGAGCAGGCAGCUCCCCCGAAACGAUUCUCAACGCCCUCUUUCACAUGCUUCAAAGGCUAUUCCGACCCCGAAAGUCAUCUGAAGCAUUUCAAGAGCCUUAUGAUCCUCUAUAAAGCUGAAGACGCGCUAAUGUGCAAGGUGUUUGCAAUGACUUUGUCGAUCAGCAGCUUGAAGGAGCUUACUUACUUCUUCACUAAAGAAUACACUUCUUAUCGGACAAUCAAGAAGAAACCUGACCAUCUGUUCAACCUGUGCAAGAAGCCCGAUGAAUCCCUUCGAGAUUACAUCAAGAGGUUCAAAGCAGAAAAGACCAACAACGUAGGAUGCGAUGACCAAAUCGCAUCCUCUGCAUUCAAGAAAUGUCUUCCAGUAGAACAUGACUUAUAUCGCGAACUGACUAUCACUCCCAGCCAGACUCUGGAAGAGGUCUUCGCGACCACAGAAAGCUAUGCACUCUGA